AUGAGACUUUCCCUGGUUUACGGUCUGGUGGUUGCGACAUCCCUUUUUCUGGGUGGUGCAGCGAAACCAAUCCCAUUCGACAAGUCGGGACCAGACGACGUCCAUCAAUACCUUAAUGGCACUUUGCUCAAGCGCUUCCCUUCGCUUCAGCCUCGUCUUUUUGGUCGGCAUCUCACUAGGGCAGAUCUCGUCGGCGAGGACCACCUGAAACCCUUCCACACGCACCCGAAUCAAAUCGACUUUAGAGAUGUUGAGCAGACCCCCGGAACACAGAACUGUGCUCCACUGGCAGUGAUGGCUUCCUUGGCAAGAAAUCCAAGACGACACAGCCAGAUCACCAACUUGUUUAGGCUCGAAUCUACACCGGAUGGCUACGAGGUGACGAUUUCAUUCCCUCCCAGAUGUGGCACGGAAACCGAAACUGUAUUCAGACUUUCGGUGGACGACGUCCUCAAUACCCCACAUCUGCCAAUGGUCGCACCUGCUCGAAGUAACGGCCAGCCUGUUCAAGACGGUAAAGAAGUCAUUUGGCCCCAACUCCUUUACGCUGCGAUCUCGAAAUACAGUACAGCUGUCAGACUUCAUCUCAACGUUGCCAUGCAAGACAUACUUGGUGGACCUAGACCGGCCUUGUUCUUACUCUCCGGGAUGGACGACGAUCAGCGCCUUGAGAGGUUGCUGAACAACCCUCACAAUAGGGUAACUUUAUUUCAAACGUACGACCGAACUCCUGCACACAACGGCGCCUGGGACAACUUUUACUCCCCGGGACACGCGUACACAGGCGUCUCAGUUGCUCCAGUAAAUGGUGUCUGGGGGACUUGGCUGUACAACCCGGUAGGGAUGGCUCGGCUGGUCACGAUUUCCGAACUUCGCCAGUAUAUGCACGCCUUCGCCGUCGAAGGGUAUUAUUCAGCAUCGGGUGCCACUCGUCGUGCCGAGGGGUUGUCAUGCAGUGGAACCGCUGAGGAUGCCGCGUCAUUUAUUGAAGGGGCAGUCAUUGCAGCUGCAGAAGGUGGAGCGGACGGCGCUGGAGUGGCCGCUAUUGCGGCCGGUUUCGAGGGCCUCGUUGAUGGUGCUGCCGCCAUCGCAGCCGCUGCGGCAAUUGCUGCGGCCGCGAAGGCCGCUGCAGAUGGCGGGCUCGAUGGACACGGCGCAGCUGCGGCAGCCGCGGAGGCUGCUGCCUCAUACGGCGCAGUCGUCGAGCCGAGUGACUCGCUCUAUCUCGCGGCGGGUGCACUGCCGACAGAUACCUCCACCGGGGCUGUUGUUGUUGGUGUGCUCCCGACAGACACCACCACGGGGGCUGCUAUCAUUGGCGUUGCGCCUACGGACACUACCGAGGGCACUGUGGCGUCCACUGCCCCGUCGUCGGACACAACGGAUGGUAUUAUGGCUGCCACGACAUCCUUCGAAACAGACACCCCGAUGUCUCCGUCCACUUUCGAUACAUUCGCCACUUCUGAGACGCCUACUCCGUCAAACAGAACAGAGUCUACUACGCCAACCGCGAGCGAAACAUUCAGCGAGACAACAACCUCGAGUACCGAAUCGAGUACACCCACAGACACCGAAUCCAGUACACCCACAGACACCGAGACAGCUACCCCAAGCGCCAAUGAAACGUUUAGCGAGACACCAACCGGGAGAACAGAGUCGAGUACUUCCACAGCCACCGAGACCACUACUCAGCCGGCCAGCGAAGCAUUCAGCCUGAGACACUCCGAGACGCCGUUAGAGACACAGUCCACAUCCACGCCCCAAGGGUCUAUCCAAAGCAACCCACCAUAUCCCACCCCAGCGAUCCCCACCCCCACGACGACGCUGUUUGUGACCGAGUCCAACCCUCCGGACCCGACCCCGGCGACCCCCACACCGGACACCACUGUCGAGGAGGUAACGAGCACCUCGACCGCCCCAAUGGGAGCUUCCACGUCGUCGGGAAUCUGUUACCUUGAAAACUCCAUCAGUGGCAGUCCUCCAUUCCAUGUGCCUUGCCCCGAGGGGUGUAAACCUGGCGAUAUCAUCUCUCUCAAUGGCGGAUGCUAG